AAAGUAAAAAUUAAGUGAUUUGGCAUUGUUGAUAGACUCCAAAUUUCACCUGCAGUGAUAUGAGAUGAAAGAUGGUACUUCUCUGUCUGCAACUGAGGUCUGAGACACAGUUCUCAGUAGAGUAUAUUCAAAAUGUGCUUUUUCUGGGUUGUUUUAUUGUUUUUUGGGUUUUUUUAGGAUUGCUUGUCCUUAUUUCCUCUCUGAUGCUCGCACGUCUUUCCCCAGUCUGUUGGAAGGAAGAGACUGCUGUCCCAGGUCGGGACAGCAAUGCAGAGUAUUUAAAAGCAGCUUUUCCAACACUAGUUUCCAAGCUCUUUUUCAUGUGUCUCUACUGGUAAUAUUUCAGUUCCAUGGCAUCUGCCUAAACCCAUACCCAAGAUGUAGCAUAAGCAGGAAAUAAAUUUCCUUGGUCCAGUGCUUAGUAUACAGCUAAUUUCCAGCUUUUUUAGGAAAGAGGAACUUGGGAUGCGUUUUGUACGAUAGGCCUCUCCUCUGGCUUUCUUCAGUGUUUUUGGUUCCUCAGAAAAAAAUUAACCUAAUAGCCAUUUUGGUUUUUAAUUGUGCUCCAAUUUGUGACACCGCAGAAGACGCAUUGUAGCUGCACAGACUCCCGGUGUGAUCUUUCUUCUCUCUUUCCUUAUGUAUUUUGCUUAUCAGUAAAAAUAGUGGCAUUAGUAUUUAUUGUUCUCUGUGGCUGUUUGAGAAGAACGAGGCAGCUGGGACUUCUGAACAAUUGUUUCAAGCUUUCUGCAGGCACGGACAGGGAACGCUAUAUGCGUUCAGAUCGUUUUGUAUUUUGGAGAUAAUCUUCAGUGAUGAGAACUCGAGACUUAAAGUUGAUUGGAGGUUAAAAUGGCAGGCUUGUCCUUUUUUGCCCUUAAGUUCUGCAUCGUUGACCUGUUGUGAGCUGGCUCGGCUUGAACCCAGUUAAAGGCAUUUUGGCAGGCCAUCCGUAUGUUUAUUUUAUGAUAUACUCUAAUUUUGAGGGCUUGAUGAAGAAUAUUUGUAGGAAUGUUGGUUUUGCUCUUCUUGUGCUUUACAUGAACGCUUUCCGUGCUGCUGUGACAUGGCUUUUUGUAAUGCUGAGGGUGAAGUUAUAAAGGCAAAGGGACAAAGGCUGAAAUGAAAGUAGGGGUGAUAGUGUGUCUGAUGCCCAUGGGUGUUUCUUGGUGAAGGUGCGUUUCCUGUAAGGUAGUUCCUGUUCUGUCACCUGGGAGUAGGGAAGGACAUCUUGAGAUACUCCUCGUAACACCCACUACUGAGACUGCUGGGAGGAGUAUACAAGGUCAUGAAACGCGUACGCACAGAACAGAUUCAGAUGGCAGUGUCCUGCUACCUCAAGCGCCGCCAGUAUGUGGACUCGGAAGGUCCCCUAAAACAAGGGCUGAGGCUGUGUCAGACUGCUGAAGAGAUGGCAGCUAAUCUCACAGUCCAAUCUGAAUCUGGUUGUGCCAACGUUGUGUCUGCAGCUCCCUGCCUGGCGGAGCCACAGCAAUAUGAAGUACAAUUUGGACGAUUACGAAAUUUUCUCACAGAUUCAGAUUCUCAGCACAGCCAUGAAGUGAUGCCUCUUCUGUAUCCCCUCUUCGUCUACCUCCAUCUGAACAUGGUCCAGAAUGGCCUGAAAAGCACAGUGGACAGUUUUUACAGCCGCUUCCAUGGCAUGUUCUUGCAGAAUGCCAGCCAGAAGGAUAUCAUUGAGCAGUUGCAGACUACCAUGACUAUUCAAGAUAUCCUGUCCAACUUGAAGCUCCGGGCUUUUCUGGACAACAAGUACGUCAUCCGCCUUCAAGAGGACAGCUACAACUACCUUCUUCGCUACCUCCAAAGUGACAACAACAACGCCCUGUGCAAAGUCCUGACCUUGCACAUUCACCUGGAUGUGCAACCCGCCAAGAGGACUGACUACCAGCUCUAUGCCGGUGGGAGCUCCUCGCGCAACGAGAGCAACGGCCUGGAACCCAGCGACGUGCCAGCUUCCAUUCUGCAGAACGAGGCGGCGCUGGAUUUACUGCAGGACAGCAUUAAACGCGUCAAGGAUGGGCCCCCUUCCUUAACGACCAUCUGUUUCUAUGCCUUCUAUAACACGGAGCAGUUGCUGAACACUGCAGAGAUUUCACCAAAUAGCAAGCUGCUCGCUGCUGGGUUCGAUAAUUCAUGUGUGAAGCUGUGGAGCCUGCGUUCCAGGAAGUUAAAAUCUGAGCCCCACCUCGUUGAUGUGUCCCGCAUCCGCCUGGCUUGUGACAUCCUGGAUGAGGAGGAGGAAGAGGACGACAGCGCAGGCACAGAAAUGAAGAUCCUGAGAGGACACUGUGGACCUGUGUAUAGCACGAGGUUCCUUUCAGACAGUUCAGGACUCUUAUCUUGUUCCGAGGACAUGUCCAUCAGAUACUGGGACCUCGGAAGUUUUACAAACACUGUGUUGUACCAAGGACAUGCCUAUCCUGUCUGGGAUUUGGAUAUUAGCCCCUGCAGCCUGUACUUCGCCAGCGGUUCCCAUGAUCGCACUGCAAGGCUCUGGUCAUUUGAUCGGACGUACCCGCUGCGAAUAUAUGCAGGCCAUUUGGCGGACGUAGACUGUGUCAAGUUCCACCCCAAUUCCAACUACUUAGCGACGGGCUCCACGGACAAAACUGUGCGCUUGUGGAGCACUCAGCAAGGCAACUCCGUGCGUCUUUUCACUGGGCACCGCGGCCCCGUGCUAGCGCUUGCGUUUUCUCCCAACGGUAAGUACCUGGCAUCAGCAGGUGAAGACCAGCGGCUAAAGCUGUGGGACUUGGCAUCAGGAACUCUUUACAAAGAACUGAGGGGCCACACGGACAACAUAACCAGCCUUACUUUUAGCCCCGACAGUAGUUUAAUUGCUUCAGCGUCAAUGGACAAUUCAGUCCGGGUCUGGGACAUUCGGAACACUUACUGCAACGCCCCUGCAGAUGGGUCUUCCAGUGAACUGGUUGGUGUAUAUACCGGACAAAUGAAUAAUGUGCUGAGCGUACAGUUUAUGGCCUGUAAUCUUCUUCUAGUGACUGGAAUUGCACAAGAAAAUCAGGAACAUUAAUUAAUUUUUUUUUCUUAGGGAAGUGGGUGGGUGUAUUGAAUGCUAGAGUCCAUUGCAAGCUGAGAUUACUGACUGUGAAACAUUUUUCUUCGUCUGCCCCCUUGAAAAGCAUGUUCAGAGUGAUGCAAAUGCUUUAAAAUGUCUUGCCCACAAAAAGGCCUGUGCUGUUGGACGGAAUAAGGAAAAAAGGAGUGAUGAAAAUUAAGCAUACAUUCUAAUCUUGUACUUGUAGGGAUGGGGAAAAGGGGAGGAAAUCCAGUAGCUUGGGGAAACCAAAAGCCUGGUCCAGACAAGCGAAACUGCCAACCAGAGAAGCUGCUGACCUGCACUUAAAUAACCUGCAUUGAUUGAUGGGCACAUCUUACCUACUGUUAACUGAGGCUUGAGUGUGUGGAGAACUACUGGCCCAGUGCUUUUUGUUUUGUUUUGCUUUUGUUUUCCUGGUAUUGCAGAGGACCAGUAUUUUAAGACCCUUCUAUUAAAAGAACAUCAUGUAUUUUCUACAGUGAUGGUGGUCCUAAAUAUUACAGCUCCCUAUAGCACUUCUGGAAUAUUUUGGACUAGCUAAGUAGAAUAUACCGUCUUUCUUUUUAGUAAGGGGAUGAAAAUCUGACCUCAGUUGGGGCCCAUCUCUGCAUUGCUAUUUGGGUUUGGUUCCUGAUACUAGCUGUGAUAUUUGUAUUUAUGUUCCAAUAAUUAGGAAUCUUUUUGAAUCUGGUUGCACUGUGUUUUGAAGAUAGGACGACAGUGGGGGUAGAGUGGUGACUUUAAGGGUAAUAAAUGACUUGCCUUGUCUGGAGUGGAGGCACAACAGAACUGAAGCAGCUAAGUUUGGAUGCCGAAUGGAAACGAGGCAUGUCAGUCCACCACUGCACCUCACAAAUAUUUCCGUAAAUGGAAGUUGGCAGUCUAGGAAGAGGGGGACAGGGAGAGAGAGAUACACAAAGUGACAUGGGAAAAAAUAGUAUUACUAAAUUAUUGUGUGUACACAGAGGCAGCUCUGCCAGUGUUGGAUUUUUCUCGAAAUGUUGCAAUAUCAGUUUCAUGAACGCUUUGUGAGAUAAAUCAUCAGCAUUUACAAGGAUCUGCGGAAAAAGCACGUUCUAGUUUGUCAUUUGGAGAGAUUAAAUAUUUCUGCUUUCUGGAAAGAGUUAUUUUGUAUUUUGUUUUCUAUUAAAAGCAUUUAGUUUAAAAAAAAAA